AUGCUGUCGAAUCCUGUACAGGGAAGUGAAAAAACGGAGUUAAGUGAAUUGUUAAAGCAAUUGGACACAACAAUAACAAAUUUAAUAAACAAAAGGCACCAUUUAAAUGAACAACUUAUCCAUCAUGACACUGGGAAGCGUUUAAUAAAAAGUCUCAAUGAAUCGAAUAAUGGUGGUGUGGCUCUGGGUAAACCUGCUAAUGAGAAAAUCUCCAGGCUUGAACGCUUGAUAAAAGAGUUUGAUGUUAAAAUUGAACAGGCAAAGUCUACAAAAGUGAAUCUUGUCAAGCUCGGUGAAUUGCAGCAGUUGCAAAGUGGGAAGCCACAAGAGAGUGUGAAUGAAGAAGGACUACCCUUUAUGGAUAUCCAAGAAGAGGUUGAUGAAGAGGGGAACAUUAUAAGUACAAAAAUCAAUGAUGUGCCGUUCGAGGUGGCGGGUAAGACGGGGACAGUAAAGAAACUACAAAACCAAACAAAGAACAAGCAACUUGAAAACGAAAAGUUUGAAGAUGAAGUGAAGCAAUUACUUCAGGACAUGGAGUUGGUUUCAACACUGCAUAAUCAUCGUGUUACUAAUGUAGACCAAGAUGACCUAUUAAGCAAAAUUGACAACUUACAUAUUAAUCCCCAGGAUAAGUUUGACUUGAAAAGACUUUGUAUUGAUGCAUUCAAUACUUACAACGAAGAUGAGGAUGAGGGUGAGGGUGAGAAUGAGGAUAAGGAUAAGGAUGAAGAUGAUGUUGAUGAAGACGCUGCUUUGGGAGAAAAAAAGUCAAGUAAGAAGAGCAAAGACAGCUUUAGCCUUCUGCUGCUACCAAUUAAUAGUAUAGACAAAAGCGACUUGCUAGAGCUUGAAAUACUAGCUGAUGAUUUUGAUGAUCAAGACGUGUGCCCCCAAUUCAAUGAAGAUGAAGAAUUAAAUUAUGAUUACGAAGAUGAAGAUGAAGAUGAAGAGGAGGACAAUGAUGAUGACGCCCUGGCCGAUGAUAUAAUAUACGGAAACACUCGGGACAACUCGUGGUUUGGCGGUGAACAACAAGGGCAGGCAAAUAGUUUAUUGUGGGGGCAGAUAAAUAAACUCAGACUUGAAAAGGUUGAAAAAUAUCAUAAGCAUGUGUCAACAGAUACCGAAGAAGAGGGGGUCACUCGAGUUGAACCCAAAAAGAAACAAAAAUCUGUUAGAUUUGCAGAGCAUUUAAGUAUAAAGAGGGUAGAGAAUAUUAGUGAAAGUCUAAAGAACCCACCGUCUACACAUCGAAAGCAAUCAUUGUUUAAGCAAAGAAAAUCAGGAUCUGCAAAAGUAAGCACUGAAAGCAUGGAUGAGAAUAACAACAAUACCAACUUUGAGCGAGGUAAACAAGAAAGGGCUAUUGAAGACACUAUUGUGGAGAGAGACGACGAAUCACUAGCAGGUAUGCAGAAGAAGUUGAAUCAAACAGGAGCAGCUUCAAUUAACAAAGAGCAAUCUUUUGCAAAUUCGCAACAAACUAUUAUAAAGAAGUCAGUGUCUAAAUUCAAAGCUAUGAGAAACAAGACCCAAGAUCCAAAGGAAAAUGUAGACCAGCGGAACUCACUGUUGGAAGUUGAAGCUCGAGAUGACGAGAAGGACGAGAAGGACGAGAAGGACGACGAGAGUGAUAAUAAUCAAGAAGUAAGAGAUACGAGGCUAGAUUAUCAUAACCUUAGUAAAGAUUUGGAUACGAUGGCCAAAGCGUAUGUUUUAGGAAUGUAUGAUGACGAUAUUAGAACUGAAGGACCAGUUGUUGAAAAAAUAGAGGAUUUUGAGACGUUGAAUAAGGUAGUGGUGGAGUCUCAAAGCACAGCUAAGAAUCAACCUGACACAAUUGAUGAUUUAAAUGAAAUUGGAAUGGAUUACAAUGAUGCAGACAAUAUAGAUAUUGAUGAAGAAGAAGACAAUGGGCCUAUAAUGAGUGAUUAUAUCAUAGAAAAUGACUUUGACGAAGGAGAACAAGAAGAAGAAGAAGAAGAUGAUGAUGAUGAUGAUAACGAAUCAAAGGACUUUUAUGAAGAUGAAAUGCAUAACCAAGAAAUAAAAGAAAAUUACUACAGAUUAAGACAGAAAAUGAUAAUGAACCAGAAUGGAUAUAAGAAACAAGCUGUUGAAAGUAUGGAAUUUAUACCUAUCGAUGAAGAAGGUAACAAUGUGAAAGUAAGUAGAUUUAAAGCAGGUCGGUUGAGGCUUGAGUAA